AUGUCGAGCGAGUCACCUUUAACACCCACCCAGAACGUGGUGCUGGACACUGCAAAGCUUCCCCCUGCGGGUGCUUCAUCAGUCUGGGAUCGCGUUUCUAAGUGGGUUUCAGAGAACAAGGCUCUGGUUUACACCAUUGCCGGUGUUGCUGUUGUUGUGACCAGUGCCGGAGUUGUCUACUAUCUGUCCGAUUCCAGCAAGCCUUCGACUCCUCCCGUACAGAAGAAGAGCAAGAACCAGAAGCGGAAAGAGAAGAAGAAGGCCGAGGAAGAGAAGAAGACAAAGACUGCCUCCGUGCAAGAAGAGUUUGUCGUCGAAAAGAAGGCCGAUGCGCCCGAGGAGCUCCCCGAGGUUGAUGAAGCCACUGUUGGUCAGCUUGAUGAGGAGACUCGCAAGGCCUACGCCGCCAAGUUGAAGGCUGCCGGAAACAAGGCCUACGGCGAAAAGGACUACCCUAAGGCCAUUGACCUGUACGGAAAGGCUAUCCUCUGCAAGCCCGACCCCGUUUUCUACUCGAACCGUGCUGCCUGCUACAAUGUCCAGUCGAACUGGGAGAAGGUUGUCGAGGACACCAGCGCCGCCCUCGCCAUGGACAGCGAAUACGUCAAGGCCCUGAACCGCCGCGCUAUCGCCUACGAGAACCUCGGCAAGUUCAGCGACGCUCUUCUCGACUUCACUGCUAGCUGCAUUAUCGAUGCUUUCUCCAACGAUGUCAGCCGUAACUCCCUCGAGCGCCUGCUGAAGAAGGUCGCCGAACAGAAGAGCCAGGCUAUCCUUGAGGCUCGCAAGAAGAAGCUGCCCAGUGCCACCUUUGUUUCCAACUACCUGCAGAGCUUCCGCCCCAAGCCCCUGCCUGAGGGUCUGGAGGAGUCUGCUGAAUUGACUGAGGAUUCUGGCAAGGCUCUCCUGCGCAAGGGUCUCAUUGCUAUGGCUCAGAAGACUGGCGAAGGUUAUGAGGAGGCUGCUGCCUCAUUUGAGAAGGCUCUUGAGGUUGGCGAUCUGGGUGACUUUGAGGCUCUUGCUCUUAACAUGCGUGCCACUUUCACAUACCUUGGCGGCAAUGCCCAAGGCGCUCUGGAGGACCUGAACAAGAGUGUUGAGCUGCAGCCAUCUCUGGCUCAGAGCUACAUCAAGCGUGCUAGCUUGCACCUUGAGCUUGGAAACAAGGACGCCGCUGCCGAUGACUUCGAGCUCGCUAUUAACAACGACAAAGAGGACCCCGAUAUCUACUACCACCGUGCCCAGCUUCACUUUAUCCUCGGCGAGUUUGCUGAAGCCGCCAAGGACUACCAGAAGUCAAUUGACCUCGACCGAUCCUUUAUCUUCUCCCACAUCCAGCUCGGUGUGACACAGUACAAGAUGGGCUCCGUUGCCUCCGCUAUGGCCACUUUCCGCCGCUCAGUGAAGAACUUUGAGGAGGUUCCUGAUGUCUACAACUACUACGGUGAACUUCUUCUCGACCAGCAGAACUACUCUGAGGCUAUUGAGAAGUUCGACAAGGCUGUGGAGAUGGAGAAGGCGAGCAAGCCCAUGGGUAUCAACGUUCUGCCUCUGAUCAACAAGGCUCUUGCUUUAUUCCAGUGGAAGCACGAUUUCCAGGAGGCCGAGAACCUCUGCCAGAAGGCUCUGAUCAUCGACCCCGAGUGUGACAUCGCCGUUGGCACCAUGGCCCAGCUCCUCCUUCAGCAGGGUAAGGUCUCUCAGGCUCUCAAGUACUUUGAGCGCGCUGCUGAGCUUGCUCGCACCGAGGGUGAGAUCAUUAACGCCAUCUCCUACGCCGAGGCCACCCGCACCCAACUCGAGGUCCAGGAGAAGUACCCUCAACUAGCUGCCCGCCUGAACGCUAUGGGUGGUAGCAUGGGUCCUGGUGCUCCUCCCAUGUAA